UACCUCCGGCUCUCCCGGAUGACGAGGGGUAGAAAAGUAGGAGGAGCGCAGUAAGGAGAGGGCGGGAUAGGGAUGCCGCUGUGCUGCAUUCUGGGAAGGGCGUUGGUUCGUCGCUCGCCCGGCCUCCUGGGAGUUGUAGUCGCGAUCCUGAGGUAACGGAUAAGUUUAUACCAUGGAUAGCAUAAAGGAGAAGUGUGACAGUUACAAAGAUGAUCUUCUGCUUAGGAUGGGACUUAAUGAUAAUAAAGCAGGAAUGGAAGGAUUAGAUAAAGAGAAAAUUAACAAAAUUAUAAUGGAAGCCACAAAGGGCUCCAGAUUUUAUGGAAAUGAACUCAAGAAAGAAAAGCAGGUCAACCAACGAAUUGAAAAUAUGAUGCAACAAAAAGCUCAAAUCACCAGCCAACAGCUAAGAAAAGCACAAUUACAGGUUGACAGAUUUGCAAUGGAAUUAGAACAGAGCCGAAAUUUGAGCAAUACCAUAGUGCACAUUGACAUGGAUGCUUUCUAUGCAGCUGUAGAAAUGAGGGACAAUCCAGAAUUGAAGGAUAAACCUAUCGCUGUAGGAUCAAUGAGUAUGCUGUCUACUUCAAAUUACCAUGCAAGGAGGUUUGGUGUUCGUGCAGCCAUGCCAGGAUUUAUUGCUAAGAGACUCUGCCCACAACUUAUAAUAGUGCCCCCAAACUUUGACAAAUACCGAGCUGUGAGUAAAGAGGUUAAGGAAAUACUUGCUGAUUAUGAUCCCAAUUUUAUGGCCAUGAGUCUUGAUGAAGCCUACUUGAAUAUAACAAAACACUUAGAAGAAAGACAAAAUUGGCCUGAGGAUAAAAGAAAGUAUUUCAUCAAAAUGGGAAACUCGGUAGAAAAUGAUAAUCCAGGAAAGGAAGUUAAUAAACUGAGUGACCAUGAACGAUCCAUCUCUCCACUACUUUUUGAAGAGAGUCCUUCUGAUUUGCUGCCCCCAGGAGAUCCUUUCCAAGUGAACUUUGAAGAACAAAACAGUCCUCAAAUACUCCAAAACUCAAUUGUUUUUGGAACAUCAGCCGAGGAAGUGGUAAAGGAAAUUCGUUUCAGAAUCGAGCAAAAAACAACAUUGACAGCCAGUGCAGGCAUUGCCCCAAAUACAAUGUUAGCAAAAGUAUGCAGUGAUAAGAAUAAACCAAAUGGACAAUACCAAAUUCUUCCCAAUAGACAAGCUGUGAUGGACUUCAUCAAGGAUUUACCCAUUAGAAAGGUUUCUGGAAUAGGAAAAGUUACAGAGAAAAUGUUAAAGGCCCUUGGAAUUAUUACAUGUACGGAACUUUACCAACAGAGGGCAUUGCUUUCUCUCCUUUUCUCUGAAACAUCUUGGCAUUAUUUCCUUCAUAUCUCCUUGGGUCUAGGUUCAACAUACCUGACAAGGGAUGGAGAGAGGAAGAGUAUGAGCGUUGAGAGGACAUUCAGUGAGAUAAAUAAAGCGGAAGAACAAUACAGCCUAUGUGAAGAACUUUGCAGUGAACUUGCUCGAGAUCUACAGAAAGAAGGACUUAAGGGUAGAACUGUUACCAUUAAGUUGAAGAAUGUGAAUUUUGAAGUAAAAACUCGUGCAUCUACAGUUUCAUCUGUUGUUUCUACUGCAGAAGAAAUAUUUGCCAUUGCUAAGGAAUUGCUAAAAACAGAAAUUGAUGCUGAUUUUCCGCAUCCCUUGAGAUUAAGACUUAUGGGUGUUCGGAUAUCUAGUUUUCCCAAUGAAGAAGACAGGAAACACCAACAAAGGAGCAUUAUUGGCUUUUUACAGACUGGAAACCAAGCCCUGUCAGCCACUGGGUGUAUACUAGAGAAAACAGACAAAGAUCAGUUUGUAAAACCUCUAGAAAUGUCUCAUAAGAAGAGUUUCUUUGAUAAAAAACGAUCAGAAAGGAAAUGGAGUCACCAAGAUACAUUUAAAUGUGAAACCGUGAAUAAACAAAGUUUCCAGACAUCACAACCAUUCCAAGUUUUAAAGAAGAAGAUGAGUGAGAAUUUGGAAAUAUCAGAGAAUUCAGAUAACUGUCAGAUAUUUACCUGUCCUGUUUGCUUUAGGGCACAAGGGUGCAUCAGUCUGGAAGCCUUUAAUAAACAUGUAGAUGCAUGUCUUGAUGGAUCUUCAAUCAGUGAAAACUCUAAAGUGUUCUCGUGUUCACAUGUUUCUGCUACCAGAGUUAACAAGAAAGAAAAUGUUCCUGCUUCUUCACUUUGUGAGAAGCAAGAUUAUGAAGCCCAUCCAAAAAUUAAAGAAGUGUCUUCAGUAGAUUGUGUAGCUUUAGUAGAUACUAUAGAUAACUCAUCUAAAGCAGAAAGCAUAGAUGCUUUAAGUAAUAAGCAUAUCAAGGGAGAAUGUUCUAAUCUCCCAGGCAAGUCUUUUAAUAUUGAACACUGUCAUCAGAAUUCUUCUUGCACUGUUUCGUUGGAAAACGAAGAUGUUGGAUUAUUAAGCAGACAAGAAUCCUGCGAGCCUUACUUAUGUGAAGUGAUAACAGGCCAAGCUCUAAUUUGUCCUGUUUGUAAUGUAGAACAAAAGACUUCAGAUCUAACCCUGUUCAAUGUGCAUGUGGAUGUUUGCUUAAAUAAAAGUUUUAUCCAAGAAUUAAGAAACGACAAAGUUAACCCAGUUAAUCAACCCAAAGAAAGCUCCAGAAGUACUGGUAGCUCAAGUGGAGUACAGAAGGCUGUAACAAAAACAAAAAGGCCAGGAUUGAUGACAAAGUACUCAUCAAAGAAAAUAAAACCAAACAAUCCCAAACAUACCCUUGAUAUAUUUUUUAAGUAAACAUUGAACAUUUUAUCAUUAAUUUUAAAUUGAAACUUGUUAUUUUAUAAUCAAUGAAUUUGUUCUUUCUGAUUUUAAGUUUGCAGAUUUAUUUAGUGAAGGCAAGUGCAAUAAUCCUUCCUCAGAUGAUGUUUACUUUUCUAAGAUAUAUAUAUAUUGAUUCCGUAUAUCUUUUUUAUAACCAUGAGAAUUUUACUUCCAUUAUACAUCAAUUGGAAAUUAAUCCUGUUAUGAGAUAAUUUUUAAAAGAGAAAUUAGGAAUGAGAUAAGAAGGUGGUGUUUUUUUAUUAUUUUUAUAGUGAAUAUAAAAACAUAUUUGUAAGGGCUCUCAAAGAUUUACACAAACCUAUAUUAUCAUAAGAAUUUUUCAGCACUUAACUACUUUGUUGGCAUUGAUCCUAGUAUCUAAAUACUUCAUGAGCAUUCAUAAUUAAAAUUUAUCUUAAGUUCUGUGAAGAGUAUUAACAUAACUAAUACAAGUGGUUUUCUUCAGGAAAAUAAAUAUCACAGUUACUAUCUGCGUUAAAAUGGUUUUUGCCUAAAAUACAAUUUUUAAUCUGACUUUUCUUAUUUAGAAUUCCGUUAUCUUAUGAAUAAGCACUUGAAUCACUUUUUAAAGUAUUUAGUCUAAGAUGAUUCAAAGUAGUUUUAUUUUAAUACAGGACCUUUAAAUGGCAGUAUUUCAUUUCUUGUCAAUUAUGUUGGUACUCUCCACAAAUCUAUAAAGAAGGAUGAAUUGUACAGUCAUUUUUUAAUAAUCUUCAAGAGAAAAUGUGUAAUUCAAAAGAUUAAUGUGUAUUAAAACACAUUACAUAUCUUAGUUACAUUUCUAUCAACAUUUUUAUUAAUAUUUGUGAAAGAAGAGAGCUUAAUAGUAAUUAGCUUAAGUAGUUUCUCUAAAUACUUUUGUGCUAUCUAUGAGUUCUUCUCAAAAAAUAAUUAUUUAGGCCAGGCACAAUGGCUCAUACCUGUAAGGACAGCACUUUGGGAGGCUGAGGUGGGCAGAUCACUUGAGGUCAGGAGUUUGAGACCAGCCUGGCCAACAUGAUAAGACCCUAUCUCUACUAAAACGAAAAAAAAAAAAAAAAAAUUAGCCAGGCUUGGUGGCACAUGCCUGUAAUCCCAGCUACUCAGAUGGCUGAGGCAGGAGAACCUCUUGAACCUGGGAGGUCGAGGCUGCAGUCAGCCAAGAUCUUGCCACUACACUGCAGCCUGGAUGAAGAGCGAGACCCUGUCUCAAUAAUAUAAUAAUAGUUAUUAUUACUGUUUAAUUGUAACAUGAAGUUGGAAGCCAUUUUAUGUUACUUCUUUAAGGAGCUAAAUCUUUUGUUCUCUUAUAUUUUUGUUUUCUCUCCUCUUGCUUUUCAUAUUUUAGCUUAUGAUCUAAAUAUAUAUUUUAUAUAUUAUAAUAUUUUAGGAAUAGCUUAAUUAAGAACUCAUAGACUUUGGCAAAGUGGUAACUGGACUUUUAAUUACUAGAUUGUUUAAAUUAGGCUUAAUGCCUGUUAGCAUGCCAAUCCAAUCCCAUGACUGAUGUUAUUAUACACUGUGGCAAAUACAAAGUUGUAGUGUUAUGGUUCUUGAUCGUGUGAUUUACUUAUGUAAAUUCUGUACAAAUUUAAGUUCAAUGAAAUAUUUAAUGUACUGAAAGGUAAAUAAUACCAUAUUGAAUUAUUUUCUGUCUUGCCUUAAGUUUAUUUUUAUUAUCUUCAAUAUUAGAUUAAAUGCUAAAUUAUUUUCAUUUUAGGAUUUAUUUAGUUGAAUGUUAAUCAUUUAGUAAUAUUUAAUAAUCAUUUGAAAUCAAGUUUUAAACUUUUAUAGAUCUAA